GAUCAAGAUCAAGAUCAACGCCGCCGCGACCAUCAAAGUAUCUUCUAUUUUUUUUUUUUUGUGAUAGUGUUGAAUUUUUAGCUUUUUUGUAACCCAAAAUACUGAAUUUAAUGCUCCCCCACCUCAAAAUCCCGAUUUCCCAUAUAUGCUCCAGUAUCGUUGGCAUUGAGAGGUUACAAGAGACGGAGGUGGUGUGGUAACGAGCGCCCAAGCCUGACUGCCGCUAUCCUGACCCGCUCCUCCCUCCACACCUUGCAUAGACCCUCCUGGCAACCAAUGAUAACAAGCCCUAAGCACUUAACAAUAGUCACAAUACAAUGCUUAAACACUAAACAAAUACCUUAACCACACUCACCAAAGAAGCAUAAGCAACAUGAGAAAAUCAUCGGUAGUGUAAAACCGAAAAUUCUCCAAACUUAUAUGGUGUGGUGACGUUUUUCAAUGGUAUGUCCUGAUAAUCCAAGAAAAUUUAUAUAAUCUAACAUGCUCCCAGUCCCCUGCUUGUUGGAUUAAUGGACUUACUGUAAUACUAAAAGUCAGAAGCAAAGUAAAUUAAAACUCAUAGCACUAAUAAUCUAAUAAAAUAAAAAAGAAACUGAUCUAAAAAAUUCAUAAACCAAAGCCAAGUGAAUCAAAACGCUUAACACAAAAAAAGUUACCAAGUUGUCAUUAACAAAUGCAAAGUACUUAGUGAAGGUAGAGGAAAUGCACACAAUUGGUACACAACAAAACAACAAGACCCUGGUAGGGAAUAGCCUCAGGAAAUUGUGAGAUACUUGAACAAGAGUCUAGGAUAACUGAACACAGUAGCACUACAGCACACAGACAUGGAGGAAGAGCAACACGCUUACCUUCGCCCGAUGGAGCUGUUCCACUCAAGAAAGAUGGUAACUGUUUGUGCACCAAUGGUACGCUACUCAAAACUGGCGUUUAGGAGCCUUGUGCGUAUGUACGGCUGUGAUCUUUGCUACACACCCAUGAUAACCUCAGAUACCUUUCUUAGGGCGGUCCAAGCAAGGCAUAGUGACUUUACCACGUCCAAAGAGGAUCGACCACUCAUUGUCCAGUUUGCAGCCAAGCAGGGGGAGGACUGGGCUAGGGCGACAGAACUGGUGGCUCUGUACUGUGAUGGGGUGGACUUGAACUGUGGGUGUCCUCAGCGCUGGGCCAUGGCUGAGGGCUACGGGGCCUGUCUUAUACACAAACCACAUCUGGUGUCAGAUAUGGUGAGGCAAACCAGAGCUUCUGUGUCCCAGCCUGAGUUCACCGUGUCUGUCAAAAUUAGGAUACAUGAUGAUUUGAGGCGCACAGUUGAUUUUGCACAGCAGAUGGAGGCAGCUGGCAUAUCCUUCAUUGCAAUACAUGGGCGCACUCAGAAGCAGAGGAGUGAGCCAGUGUGCACAGAGACAAUAGCAACAGUGAAGUCCGCUUUGAGUGUUCCUGUGGUUGCUAAUGGUGGAGUGCGUUCACUGGAGGAGGCAUGUGCGUUGAAGGAAAUAACUGGUGCUGAUGGUAUCAUGACAGCAAGAGGAAUUCUAGAAAACCCAGCCAUGUAUGCAGGAUACAUCCAUACACCACUGGAAUGUGUGCGUGAGUGGGUACGUCUGGCUCUGUCCACUGGCACGCCUUUCACCUGUUUCCACCAUCAUCUCAUCUACAUGCUGGAGCAUACAUUGACCAGAGCAGAACGCAGAUAUUUCAACAUCCUCUCCAGUACGACGGCUGUUCUGGAUUACCUCUCCGACCGAUUCAUGCUGGACCUCUGAGUGGGAAGAUCUCUCAUAUGUUCACGUUUCAAUAUAUAUAUGUGUGUGUGUGUGUGUGUGUAUUCACCUAGUUGUAUUCACCUAGUUGUAAUUUUACAGGGCCUGGGUAUCAUACUCAUGUGGCCCCGUCUCCAUAUCUACACACAU